UUCACAUGCUUGCAGCGGCUUUGAUGUGCCAAGUGCAACUGCCACUGUUCAUGUCUGCUCUCUUACCUGCUUCCCUGGCAAGACUUGACGAUACGUAGCGCCUUCUACUUAGGCAAUCCUUGAAUAUUCCUCGCCGGAAUCCCAUGGCUGAGAUAGAUCUAGAGGGAGGCAGGAGCGAUGAUUUGCUCUCGCUGCUCUCUGUAUUGAAGCCAAGCGAUGAUACCUACGAUGCCACCUUUAGUCAACAGCGCGCUUUCUUUGAGAAGGCUACAACAAUUGUAAAAAAGAUAUAUUGUAUAAACGACACAUUACAAGAGCUGCUAUUCACCCUCUACGAUGCUUCACACAACUGUACCUCCUCACUUUCCAAAGAACUCUGUGACAUCUUCUAUCAAGGACGGGAUGAUAUCGCGAACACCAUGCGUUGUAUACUGAAUUCCAUGAGUGCCGUAGACGGUGCCCUGCGUGCUCUUGACAGAGCUCUCAGUGACCCCAGCCAUACCUGGGAGGAAACUUGGCGCUAUAUUGCGGAGUUCCGCCGAUCCGCUCGUGCAGCCGAAGAACAAUGGCACCAGACCCGUGCUUACCUCGUCGACGAGUUCACUGCUUCCCUCCGGGAUCGUCUAUUCUCACCCUAUAACCCCCUCCCCCGGCUAUUUUCCUGGACUGCACGUCUCAAAUCAGACAUCAUCUUCCCCCCCCUCCAAGCUUGGGGACUUGUUGCCGAGAAAGUGGAGGACAUAUGCGGGGCGAUAUAUGAUGUGCUGGAGAUCGUAGGCGAGAUCGAAUCGUUCAUUCUCAAUGUUCGACGGAGGAUAUUGCAUGUACAGUAUGACGCAAAUACGCUGUCGCCGGAAUUGCAAGAGCAGGUGGAGGCUGCAGGCCAUCGCCUUCGAUGGACGUUCACUUCACAUUAUUUGAUAAUGGACGACGGUGUCGCGGAUAUAGCUUCUAUAUCUGCUCAUAUUGCUGAUGAUACCCUUUCAGAGGCUCAAGAGUCUUGGUCUCAGACAGUGACCAAGGGAGCUCUGUUUGGUGUGGGUUUCAUGGUUUUGAAGAAUCUUUGGGAGGAAAGUACAGGCGUCCCGGCUUUCUCGUAGCUCAUUAUAUCAAAGGAUAUUCUUUGUUUCUGUUCAAAAAAUUAGGACCCGGACCAAGGUACCCAGCUAUUCAUCCAGUACAUGCACAUCAUUUUGAGGCGCCUGACGGUAACUACGCGUAUUCCUCGAUAAAGAAUAGUAAAUUAUAGAAUCGGAUAUGUGUACAAGGAUAAAGAAAUUGUAUCGUAACUCAGUCGGGGUAGCACGUUU